AUGGCAUCGACAUCGAUCCCCACGACGCAAAAGGCGAUCCUGGUGCCCGAGAACGGCGGGGCCGACGUGCUGAAAUACACCGAAUCCCACCCCGUGCCCACCCUCUCAGACGGCCAGGUGUUGGUGAGGAACAACUUCGCCGGCGUCAACUACAUCGACACAUACUUCCGCUCAGGCCUGUACCCAGCACCCGGCGGCCUCCCGCUGGUGAUCGGCCAGGAAGCAGCCGGUACGAUUGCGAAGGUCCAGGGCGCCAACCCACUGGGCUUCAAGGAAGGCGACCGCGUGGUCUGGAUGGCCGGCAAAGGCUACGCAGAGUACAGCGCCGUGCCCGCGGACAGAGUGACCAAGAUUCCAGACGGGAUCUCCGACGAGAACGCCGUCGGCGGAUUCCUCAUGGGCAUGACAGCCUUGUCACUCAUCAAGGAAGCAUACCCUGUCAAGAAAGGCGAAACCGUGCUCGUCCACGCCGCGGCCGGCGGCAUGGGUCUCCUGCUCUGCCAGCUGCUACGCGACCUCGGCGCCACGGUGAUUGGCACCGCCGGUGGGCCGGAAAAGACGAAGCUCGCGAAGGAGAACGGCGCCACGCAUGUGAUCGACUACAAGGCGGCUUCAGGCCCGUCCUGGGUCGAGCAGGUCAUGAAGCUGACGGACGGCAAGGGUGUGGACGUCACCUACGACGGCGUUGGAAAGGACACCUGGGAAGGCAGCCUCGAGGUCGCCAAGAGGAAGAGUAAGGUCGUUUAUUAUGGCAAUGCGUCCGGCGCAAUCCCGCCCUUCAACAUCGCACGCCUCUCGGCGAAGAACGUCUCCAUCAUGCGCUCGACCCUGAUGCAAUACAUCGUGACGCGCGAGGAAUUCGAGUUCUACGCCAACGGUGUCCUCGAUCUAAUCAAGGCCGGUAAGCUCAACGUCAAGAUCCACAAGGUCUACCCCCUCAGCGAGGCAAUCACCGCCCACAAGGACCUCGAGGGCCGCAGGACGACGGGGAAGCUGUUGUUGAAGUUAUAA